AUGCGUCGAGGCACAGCAGUUGACUGGACAUCUAGGGGUAAAGCACUGUUUCAGUGCGAGCUGCGAGAGCGAUACCAAAUCGAGGCAAACUCUGGAUACUAG